AAUUUAUUUAUAUGGUUAAUAUCGCUAAACUCCGACUGUCGCUGUUUCUCAUAAAUGAUAAAUCUAUCCCUUCUCUUCUCUGUGAUAGCCCCAAGGGGAGGAAUUGUAGGAAAAGAAGAGAGAGGCAAAAAUGGUUGAGGAGGAACAGCGACGGCAGCAGCGGAAGAAGAAUUUCAGAAAGAGAAGCGCAGUAACAGAAGAAGAUUAUGAGAAGGCCCACGACGUACAGCAAGAAGAAGAAGAAAGGAGAAUGGCGCUGGAAGAGGUGAGAUUCCUUCAGAAACAGAGGGAGAGGAAGUCAGGCAUUCCCGCUCUAAGCUCCGGCGCAUCGCAGUCUGCGGUUGGUAAUGCAGCCGCCGCCAGCACCACCAGCACGGCCAUUAACAAUAAGAAUAAGAAUAAGAAAGUCAGCGAUGGUGUUCUUCAUCAUACCUCCAACACUGGCGAUGCCGCCGAUCCCGACAAGGACGACCUCGUUCUCCAAGAUACCUUUGCUCAGGAAACUGCUGUCAUGGUUGAAGAUCCCAAUAUGUUAAUGUAUGUUGAACAAGAAUUAGCAAAGAAGAGGGGCAGGCAAAUAGACACAAAGGAUCAAAUUGAUAAUGAUUUAAAACGUGCAGAAGAUGAAUUGUACAAAAUCCCUGAGCAUCUUAAAGUGAAAAGGCGAAACUCAGAAGAAAGCUCUACCCAAUGGACUACUGGGAUUGCUGAGGUUCAGCUUCCCAUUGAAUACAAGUUGAGAAAUAUUGAGGAAACUGAGGCUGCCAAAAAGCUUCUACAGGAGAAGCGGCUCAUUGGUCGGAUGAAAUCAGAUUUUAGCAUCCCAUCAAGUUACAGUGCUGAUUAUUUCCAGCGUGGAAGGGAUUAUGCUGAAAAGCUUCGAAGAGAACAUCCAGAGCUUUACAAAGACAGAAGUUCACAAGAUGAAGGUGGCGGAUCUAGGAAAAAUGAUGCUGGUACAGAUGCAACAGGACAAAGGCAAGCUGCAACAGAUGAAUUCACGCUAGAGCGCUUCCGUAAACGAGAGCGCCACCGUGUAAUGCGGAGAUAGCAUUUGCUUGCUGAUCUCCAUCUGGGGUAAAGCUUCAAAAUAGUUUGUGUACAAAGAAGUAACCUUGUCAUUUGAUAUGUAAUAUUUGCCAGAUUACACGUUCCUGGAUGUCAUUUUGCAUCACAAGACUAUGAUACUAGAGAAAUUGUUUGCUAUCCAGGUGCCAAGAUAUGGGUUGGUAGUGCACUUGGAUUCUGACCUAGAGAACAGAAGUUUAAGUACUACCUAGGUUGGAGGCUUUGUCAUACCUAUAGAACUAUGAACAUAGACAUAUGCAAAUUGUCUAAUUGGGGGCCAACCUCAGCAUUCUAGCCUUUUCUUUAACCCAAAAAACAAAAAAGGAAGACUGUUUACUUAGAAUUUCUUUGAUAGCAUCCAUAGGUUAGGCUUAGUUGAUGAGGGAACUGAACAUCGGAUGGAACUUUAAUGCAGUCGCAUUUUGUUUUCUUUAA